UAAACAACGAAACGUCAAAGUCAACUGUUCGCCGCUCCGGACGUGUAGUUUGUUGAUUUAUUUAAAAAAAUUGUAAAAUGCAUUUUCCUCUUCGGAAAUGUUAUCAUGUUAUUAAAGUAGGGAUCUUAUUAGUGAUUAUUGUAACAAUUUUUACGUUGUUUGAACAAUGGCGGGGUGGUAAGAGAUCGGCGCGCGCCCAGGAUGUAGACGCACUUGAAGAUGAAUUUGAAAAACAAGUUCUUGAAGAUGAGGCAAGAAUUAUUCCUGGACUAGGAGAAGGUGGAGUAGCAGCGCAUCUAGUUGGAGAAGCUAAGCGUCUAGGAGAAGAGUCCGAGAAAGCACUAGCUAUAAACGUAUAUUUAAGUGACCGGAUCGCGUAUAACAGAACUUUAAAAGACUACCGUAAUCCGGCAUGUCGUCGUGUACUCUACGAUGCAGAGCUUCCAUCUGCUUCAGUGAUCAUCAUUUUUCACAAUGAACCAUAUUCUGUUGUGGUGCGAACAAUAUGGAGCGUAGUGAACAGCGUGCGACGGACACAACCAUGGUAUACACGGGCUAAUUACGUGGAAAGAGCUACCGGGAGGACUAUGACCUUAGGUUAUCCUGGUCAAGAUCCGAGUUCACCGUUUGUAUACUUGAAGGAAAUAAUACUUGUGGAUGACAAUUCUACGUUACCUGAGUUAAAGGGCAAGCUGAGUCAUUAUAUACGAACUCGACUACCACCUGACUUGAUACGUAUUUUAAGGUUACCGGAUCGCGUGGGUCUAACUCGAGCGCGACUGGCGGGCGCGAGGUUCGCUAAAGGCGAUGUGCUGGUAUUCCUGGACGCACAUUGCGAGAGCCAGGCGGACUGGCUGCGGCCGCUGCUGCAGCGUGUCAAGGAGUCCCCGACCAGCGUGGUCGUGCCCAUCAUUGACGUCAUAGAAUCGGGAAAUUUCUACUAUAGUGUGCAAGACCCAGAAGCGUUUCAGGUUGGGGGAUUCACUUUUAUGGGACACUUCACGUGGAUAGAUGUGCCGGAAAGAGAGAAGAAACGACGUGGUUCCGACAUCGACCCAACAUGGUCACCAACAAUGGCUGGUGGUUUGUUCGCGAUGAACCGCGCCUAUUACUGGGAGUUAGGCGCAUACGAUGAGCAGAUGGCGGGCUGGGGCGGAGAGAAUCUCGAGAUGUCUUUCAGGAUAUGGCAAUGUGGUGGUACAUUGGAGACGAUACCAUGUUCUCGUGUCGGCCACGUGUUCAGAAGUUUCCAUCCUUACGGCCUACCCGCUAUGUCGGACACGCAUGGAAUCAACACUGCUCGUAUGGCGGAGGUAUGGAUGGAUGAUUAUGCGGAGCUCUUCUAUUUACAUCGACCUGAUCUACGUAAAAACCCAAAGAUCGGUGACGUGACACAUCGCCGUAUCUUGCGUGAGAAGCUGCACUGCAAGAGUUUCCAGUGGUACCUCGACCACGUGUAUAAAGAGAAGUUUGUGCCCGUACGAGAUGUCUACGGUUUUGGAAGGUUCCAGAACCCGUGGAGCAACUUAUGUCUAGACACGCUGCAACGGGAUGGGGAGGGGACACCGCUGGGUGUGUACCCCUGCCACGACACGCUGCAGGCCACGCAGUACCUCUCCCUGUCUCUCAAGGGAGAGUUGCGUGAUGAGGAGAAAUGCGCUGAAUUGCAGUACUCCAGACAUAUACCGGAAGAUAAUAUAGAUGGUGAAGGUCGGAGAGUUCUAAUGGUGACAUGUCAUGACAAGGAUCGGGGACAGAAAUGGCAGUACCUGGUCAGCAAGCAGCUGCAGCAUGUGGAGUCCCGGCUUUGCCUGCAGACGGGCGAUCGGCCCGGCGCUGACGUCACAGCAAGACGCUGCAGAGACAACCUGCCCGCACAGCACUGGAUCAUCGACUACAGCGAGGAUAAUGACUUCAGAGCCUCCAAUGAUGUUGAACCAAGUGAACAGGAACUGAACCUAAUGCAAUUGAGAGGACAACGGCGAAAAUCUCGUUCCCUUCUAUCCGUUGAAACGGAUAACGAAGCAAAAGAUGGGCGUAGAUCUCACAAAUCUAAACGUAAAGGGAAGAAGUCUAAGAAGAAGAAUAAGAAGAAAGUAAUCAAGAAUAAAUUCAUUCUCACUCUCGUCCGUACAAUGAAGAAUAAUACAGAAGAACAUUUGGAAACUGAGAUAAAUUGCAAGCAUACACGCUUGUAUCCUAACAAUACAUUUGUUAGAGAUCUCGUUACUAUACUUAACGAUAAUAAUAUCAAGGUAAUAAACAACGGUCGUGUAUUCGAACGCAACAAGGUGACAGAACUUAGCAAAGACAAGAAGGUUGAGAAAGUGCUUAAGAAGAUGGAACUGCGUAUACCGCCGGAGGAACAGGACACGACCAGCGUCACACCGGCGCUGCCGCAACACAACUCUAUUGGACAGAUACCGGUAAUAGAGGUACCAAAGCAACCUUGGCGCAAUGGUAAGAAGCUGAAGCCGGGUCGGCUGGUGGAUGAGCAGGCUGGAGAUGGUGCGGGUAUGGAGGAGGAUGAGGUAAAUGGCACCCCCGGGGGCAGACCGCCGUCCACACAGAACAAGAUUAUUGUCGAGGAGUUCGUGGAAGUGAAGCAGCUGCCAAACGACGCACCUCAGCAGGCAACAAAGAAAAGGAAACAUAGACGCAAGCACACCACUAUGAUACCGAUGUACCAACCUGAUGAUAUUGAAGACACACCUUUGAUGGAUACAAAGCUAAGAGCUGGUUUGUCGACUUGGAGCGAUGACUACGACAACUACAAGAGAGAGACUUCAGAAGAAAAAGUCGGCAACAUGAUGAUAAGUGUUGAGAACUCACAUUAUCCACCACAGAGUAUGAAGAGCCACUUUGGCAAUGUGCUGGUGGAGAGGCUGCAACAUGGGAGGCCCCACGUGCGCACUCAGAAUGGACCAUACGUCGAACCGGGCACGAGUGAGGCCCCGAGGUCACGAGCGCAGCAACCUGUCAAGCUCGUCAUGAAGAGCAACCUCACCUUCAACCUCGGUGAUGAGUUCUUCAACUGGCGACAGAAUGCUGAUGAUGUCGCACAAUUCCUAGGUGAGCUGGGUAUACCUUUAAACACGAAUGCUACGCGGACCAUCGUCAACUGGACGAAGCCGCUUAAGAUCGAAGCGAAGGAGCAGCCCGUCGUGCGCAAUGCCACCAGCUCUACGGGUGAGGACUACUCCUCGGGGUCAUCAGAGAGCGCCAGUAAGGAGAUCUAAACAAUAGUCACCAUUUUGUG